GAAGCCUUGGUUUUCAGCUCGAGAAGGACAAUAGCGGCGGAGCGGAGAGAAAUUACUGCACAGUCUGGACCAGUGAAACACCACAAAUGCGGAUAGAGGAAAAACAAACACACGCCGGUAUUUGGGCAAGAAGGGAAUGUCUGGUGUUUACUGAGGGAGGGAUAUAUAUUUCUGGCUUGAACAGGCAGAAUAAGAAACACGGACUGAUUUAAUGUAACGUUAAGUGGUUGCCAGCACUCUCACUCUCCACACCUGCUCCUGUGGAAAAAUGAGCUCCUCUCCUGUCGUGUCUCGAGUGUCUGUCGACAUCCUGGAGGAGCUGCAGCUCUUCGCCGCUCAGAACCUGGAGAAGCUCGAGGUUAACAAGUACUAUGAGGUUAUCCGAGAGCUGGGUAAAGGCACCUAUGGCAAGGUGGACCUGGUCAUUCAUAAGAUCAGAGGUACCAAGAUGGCACUAAAAUUCCUCAAGAAGAAAACCACUAAGCUAAAGAGUUUUUUGAGAGAGUACAGCAUCUCACUGUACCUCUCCCCAUGUCCCUUUAUAAUCAACAUGUUCGGUAUUGCUUUUGAAACAGAGGAUUACUACGUGUUUGCACAGGAGUAUGCCUUAGCAGGGGAUCUCUUUGACAUCAUUCCUCCACAGGUGGGACUUCCGGAGCCUGUGGCCAAGCGUUGCGUCCACCAGGUGGCCCUUGCCUUGGACUACCUGCACUGUAAGAAGUUGGUGCACCGCGACAUCAAGCCAGAGAACGUGCUGCUCUUUGACAGGGAGUGCCGCAGGGUGAAGCUCUCUGAUUUCGGCAUGGCGCGGUGCGCCGGCUCUGUGGUGAAGCGUGUCAGUGGCACCAUUCCGUACACAGCUCCCGAGCUGAGCGAUGCCUCCCAGCGUGAUGGCAUCUGUGUAGACUACAGCACAGAUGUGUGGGCCCUGGGUGUGCUUCUUUUCUGCAUGCUUACUGGCAACUUCCCCUGGGAGAAGGCCGUGCCCUCGGAUACGUUCUAUGACGAGUUUGCCCGCUGGCAGCGGAGGCCGACAGGCACGGUCCCCUCGCAGUGGCGCCGCUUCAGUGAUGAGGUGCUAAUCAUGUUCCGCAAACUACUGGCCCUGGAGAGGGAACGCCGCUGCUCUGUCAAGGAGGUGUUCGCCCAUUUUGGCCAACGCUGGAUGCUGGAUGUAGAAGCAGGCAGAGGCGGGGGAGGAGGACACCACCAGGUGGCGCACAGCUCUUCUUCAGAGGAGGAGGAGCUGCUGGUGGACCGGAUGAAACAGCAGACCCUCUCACCAGGCAAGAAUGGUCCAGUGGAAGCAGGAAUGGCCGCUCAUCACUUCAGCUCAGUGUCCACCAACAGCUCGGUGUCAUCCACUACCAGCUAUGAGCGUAUGCCCAGAGACAACGCCACCAGCAGCCGCAUCCUUGUCACUACACCGAUCGAGAUCUGUGUGUAGAGCUCACCACCGUACAUAAACGAAAACACGGUUUCCUUACCUGAUAAUACAUUUUCUCACACCUUCAUAAAAAAAUUUAUCGCAUAAGUAAACCAUCUUUCAAGGGUAUUAUAACACCGCUGAGUGUGAAUGAAGCAAAAAAUUAGAUACACCCUCUAAUUUAUCGAGCUGGUUUUGUGAUUAUUGUGAGUUUUUUUUUUUCAAACAAGGACACAUUGCACUCUUUUGGGAAAGAUCUUCCUCAGUGGAAUUCCUUUAAGAAAGGAAGUGCACAGAAGCUGCAAAAUAGACUAAUACAAUAGAUGCACCACUAAAGCAGA